AAUUACGCCUGUGAAUGUGUGUGUGUGGAGUUUUUUCCAAACUUUGGAGCAUACCAGAAGAAGCUCGUUUUAUUGUACAAGUGUGACAGAAACGCGUGGUUGCAAAGAAGAUGGGAGACACUGCAGAGUGGAGCUGGUGUUCCUUGGUGUUGAGCAGCAUCGGCUCUAUUACGGUUGUUUAUUACCUGCUGAGGUGGUCAUGGCAGUGUUGGCAGGGGUUCAAAGCGUACGUGCUCUCUGAGAUCUGGCAAACGGACCUGAGGAUAUAUGGCCAAUGGGCUGUUGUAACUGGAGCAACAUCAGGGAUUGGUCGUGCAUAUGCUGAAGAGCUUGCCAAACGAGGAUUAAACAUUGUUCUGAUCAGUCGCUCGGAGGACAAGCUUCGCAGCGUUUCCAAGGAAAUAGAAUCUCAGUACAAGCGGCAGACACGUGUGAUUCAGUCAGAUUUCACAGAGGGACAUUCCAUCUACUCUGCUAUCGCACAACAGCUAGAGGGCCUAGAGAUCGGAAUUCUGGUGAACAAUGUAGGUAUGAACUAUACAGGGGUUCUGGCAAAUUUUCUGGAUGUUCCUGAUCCACACCAGAGAAUCACACAGGUGAUAAACUGUAACACACUGUCCGUCACUCAGAUGAGCAGACUCGUUUUGCCAGCCAUGCUUGAAAGGGGGAAAGGCCUCAUUAUAAACAUAUCAUCAGAAGCUGCAUCUCAGCCCCAGCCAAUGCUGUCGUUGUAUUCUGCCACUAAGAUAUUUGUAACAUAUUUUUCUCGCUGUCUGCAUGCGGAAUACAGGUCAAAAGGAAUCACGGUUCAAUGUGUGGUCCCGUUUGUAGUCUCCACUAAUAUGACUCAUAACGUGCCUGUCAGUCCGCUGGUGAAAAGUGCCGCUUCGUUUGCUAGAGAUGCUCUGAACACUGUGGGUUACACGACAUACACAAGCGGAUGUUUAACUCAUGCACUGCAGCACUUUGCUCUGUCGAUUGUUUUCCCGGGCUGGCUGCGUCUCUCGUCCUAUUGUGUGCAACGCAUGGCAAAAUUCGCUAAUAGCAUUGAACCCCAGUUAAGGGAGAUGAUGGCAGAGCCAAAAAACAAACAGGACUGACACAAACCGUGGACCACAAAGAUGUGAUACACAAACAUGCGUAUAAUGGCAUCAACAGUAAGAACUUAGCACAAAAACUGUUUUUACUGCAGUGGCAGGAAAACAGAUGUAUUAUUACAAUAGGGACAAUUUUCGUUUUUAUGGUAAGUUGGCAGAUAUAUGGUCUUUAUAAAAAUAACUUUUUGUAUUUGAAUCAGAAUCAGGAAUCUGAACCUAUGGACCCUUUUCAUGAUUCAGUUCAAUGACAUUUACAUUUUACAGCAGGGUAAAUUGAGAAGGGUAUGUACAUUUAACUUUCCCUCCCUAAAUAAAUGUAUAUUGUUUAAUUUAAUAUAUAUAUCUACACUGUGGUUCAAAAGUUUAAUAAUUAAUUAUAUAAGCUAACAUUUAAUUUUCAAAAGGCAUCAAGACCUUGAAAGAUUACUUUUAUGAUGGAUAUCUGUUUAGUUACAACGGCAUCAUGUUUCCCCUUGUCUUAUGUGUUGAAUGAAUCAGCUUUUUUUUCUUUUCUCUUUUUUAAAUGCAAUAUGCCAGUUGUGAUGCUUCAAUGUCUUGUUAUGUUGGCAGUAAUUAACAUAUGAAUGAUUAGAUACUAUACUUUUUAA